GCAUGCUCAUCCUCACCGAUGGUGUGCAGAACAAGGGGGACAUAAAAAAAUCUUCUGAAACUGAAUCAUACAUCUUUUCCUAAACCAGCAAGAAAAAAUCAUCAUGAGCUACAAAUCCUUCUCCUAUCAAUGCCCUUGGGACAAAGGCUCACGAAGCAAAUCCCUCACAUCCUCCUCUUCUCUUUGGGCUCCUCCAUCUGGGAAAAGGAUCCUGAAGAUGGCCUCCUCCUCCUCCUCUUUUCCUGAUAGCUCACAGAGGACGAACCUAACUCAAGUCAGCUCCAUCAACAUGGAGCUACUGGAGGUGCGAUCCCAUGAGAGGGAGCAGCUUGUGAACCUGAACGACCGCUUUGCCACCUACAUCGAGAAAGUGAGGCGCCUGGAGCUGCAAAAUCUGGCUUUGCUGGCUGAGCUGGAUGCACUGAAGAGGCUGCAAAAUGACUCAUCCCACCUGCAAGCACUCUACGAGGGGGAGGCUCGGAGCCUAAGGGCCAUGAUUGAUGCAGAGAACAGUGAGAAGAUGCAGAUGGAAGCAGAGGAGGACUACCUGCAAGAUGCGUACGUGCAGAUGAAGGAGCGCUAUGAGGAGGAGGCAAGGCGGCGUGUGGAUGCUGAGGAGGCCCUGCAGAGAGCCAGAGAGGAGGCAGGACGGGCUGCUGUCUACAGCUGUGAUGCAGAGGCCACCAUGGUCUCCCUAUGCGAUGAAAUGAUGUUCCUUAAGAAGGUCUUUGCAGAGGAGCAAGCUGAGCUUCACAGCCAGCUCCAGGUGGCCAACAUCAGUGUGGAUGUGGAGCUGAGCAAGCCCGACCUCUCCGCUUCCUUACGAGACAUCCGGGCGCAGUACGAGCAGCUGGCCAACAAGAACAUGCAGGCUGCAGAGGACUGGUACAGGAGCAAGUUUGCGGGCAUGGCACAGAUAGCCAGCAAGAACAAUGAGGCCGUGCACGCCAUCCGGGAGGAGACCAUGGAAUACCGGAGACUGCUCCAGGCACGCUCCUCAGAGAUUGAGGCUCUCCGAAAUGUCAUCAACUCUCUGAACAAACAACUAGAGGAUCUGGAAGACACACAGCAUAAAGAGGUGGAAAAAUACCAGAUGAGGAUAAGUGAACUGGAGCAGGACAUCACCGAGGCUAAGCAGGAGAUGGCUCGGUACCUGAGAGAGUACCAGGACCUGCUUCAUGUCAAGAUGGCUCUCGACAUUGAAAUAGCUGCGUACAGGAAACUCCUGGAGGGAGAGGAAAUUAGGUUGACUUACCCGUCCAUUCAAGCCCUAACUUAAAAGCCUGAUGAAAACCUGAAUCUCUCUCUUUUUCUCCUCCUUAACCUACCCUCCAUCCUUUCCUUUCCAAAAACAUUUAUUUAUUAAGCCCCCACACACAACCACCAACCCACCCACACACACACACACACAC